UGGCUGUUUUUGGGCCAAUCAUAAUAAUAAAGUGUUACGAGUAUAUUCUGCCUAGAUGAAAAUGUGGAAAUAUUUAUUUCUAAUUUGCCUUAUAGUGGCUUGGACCAGUGCUGAUGUGGUUCAUGUGCCAGUCCAUAAACAUGAGAAUUUUGUGAAGACCAGCAGCGAUAUUCUUGCUGAAAAGUCUUCAUUGCGCACAAAAUACCAGCUAGCCCAACAAAGUUCUUUGCCUGAAGAACAAUUGUCCAAUUCUUAUAAUAUGGCCUAUUAUGGCCACAUUACCAUUGGCACACCACCCCAAAAGUUUGUUGUACUUUUCGAUACUGGCUCAUCGAAUUUGUGGGUGCCCUCUAGCCUUUGUAAGAAAACGGAUGUUGCUUGCAAGAGGCACAAUCAAUACAAUCAUGAAAAAUCCAGCACUUAUGUUAAGAAUGGUAGACCUAUUACCAUUCAAUAUGGAUCGGGCAGUAUGAGCGGUUUUCUGUCUCAGGAUAUUGUUACGCUAGAAGGUUUGGAAAUUAAGCAUCAAGUUUUUGGCGAGGCCACAAAUGAACCCGGUAAUAGUUUCACUUAUGCCAAUUUUGAUGGUAUCUUUGGUAUGGCCUACAGAUCUUUGGCUGAAGACAGUGUUGAGCCACCCUUUAAUAAUAUGUUCGCCCAAGGUUUGGUUGACUCCGAUGUAUUUUCAUUCUAUUUAAGGCGCGAUGGUUCUGCUAUUGAUGGUGGUGAAUUGAUUUUGGGUGGUGUUGAUGACAGCUUGUUUAGUGGUAAACUCACUUAUGUUCCCGUAACCAGGAAAGGUUAUUGGCAAUUCAAGGUUUUGUCAGCUUCCAUCAAUGACCACAGUAUUUGUGACAAUUGCCAAGCUAUUGCAGAUACUGGCACCAGCUUGAUUGUUUGCCCUCAAGCUGCUUACAAAACUUUGAAUAGCCAAAUUGGUGGUACUUACAACAGCAAAGAUGGCAAUUACUAUGUGGAUUGCUCAACUAUCUCUACGCUGCCCAUUGUUAAGUUUGACAUUGGUGGCACGAUCUUCAAUUUGAAACCAAGUGCCUAUAUCAUUAAGCUCGAUCACAGCUGUGUUUCCAGUUUCACUACUAUGGGUACAGAUUUCUGGAUUUUGGGUGAUGUUUUCAUUGGCCGUUUUUAUACCGUUUUCGAUUUUGCCAAAAAUCGUAUUGGUUUUGCUCCUGUUGCUUAAGAAUAAUGUUAAGAUGUAAAUAACUAUUAAAAAAAAAUCAUAAAAGUAGGUUUUAUAUAAAA